UUAAUUCCAAUUGGGGGAUUGUUCUUUUUGUUUUUAUGGGUUUCACUUUUGUUUUACUAAAAAUAAGUCUCACGUCCGUUUUACCAUCAGGCAAGUUUUCAAUUCUCAUAAAUAUAGCUGCGCACAUUGCUGCUUCAGAAGCGUCUGUAAAGCAAUGUAGUUGGAAUCUCUGUUGUUGAUUAGUAUUUGAGAGUCGUCUUGGAAUGUUGAUAGGUACUUCUUCAGUCCAUUCUUUUAAUAGAGUAUUCCAUUUUUCAACCAAAUCCACUGGAAGUUGGUCGUCCCAUUUAAGCUUAUUUUCCCAUAAUGAUUGCAUAAAAAUUUUUAAAGGUAGAAUUAAUGGGGUGAUUAAGCCUAAAGGGUCAAAGUGUGACGCUAUAAAGGCUAGAAUUUCUCUUUUAGUUAGUAUUGGUGUGGCAGGGAAUGGCUUUAUCUUUAUUUCAAAUGAAUCGGAAUCGGUGUUCCAACUUAGACCAAGAAUUUUUUGUGAGGGUCCUUUUAAUCUUUUUGUCUCGGGGAUAGGAUCGAUAGCUUCUUUGGAAUUACUAGCGAACUCUUGUAGUUCCAUAUUUGCUUUUUCGAAGAGCUCAUUUACCGCAAUUACUUUAUUUUGA